AUGAGUCCUCGAAGAUCCUCUCGAGCCCGCACAACCCAACCUCCCCCUCCACCUGCGCACACAAAUUCUUCCACAUCUCUAAGUUCUCUCACUCGAGCCGAGAGAAACACUCGAGCAAACAAUAAGCCUACAUCCCCUCAAGACUCUGCAACACAAAGCUCAGAAUCUAUCGAGGAUGCCGAACGGCUUGGCCGCGGUGAACCACCGGCAACGCGCCGAAGCAAGCGGAGCAACACCAAUGAAAAGGAGGAGGUCACCAAAAAGGCCCAACAACCAGAUGUGGAUGAAGAGGCCGAGUCAGAAGAGGUGACACGUUGCAUUUGCGGCAAUGCUGAGUAUCCUGGCCCGCCACCCUUUGCACGGGACGGUGGCCGCCCUCACAGCGCAAAAGCAGGAAUAAAAGAGGAAACAGCUCCAAAAAUCCCGGCUGGCUCUGACGGCCUCCUGGACGAUACAGGCAACUUUUUCAUUCAAUGCGACAAUUGUCAGGUGUGGCAGCACGGCGGCUGCGUUGGCUUGCUGGACGAGUCAAUGAGUCCAGAUGAAUAUUUUUGCGAAGAGUGCAAGCCAGAGUAUCACAAGAUACACAGGAUCUCCACCGGACCUAGAUCCUCACAAUAUCUCCCUGUUCUUGAGGCCUCUUCCCCUGAACCGUCCUCGUCAUCCUCAAAUCGUGAUAAAACUAGAAGAAGGGAUGGAAAAUCGAGACAAAGCGCUAGCUCAGUGAGCGGGAAACGUCGGGCAACAAUGAAUAGUCGAGAUGCCGCAUACGAUGAAGAUGAGAUGUUGAGGAGAGCAAUCGAGGAAAGCAGAGAAACAGGCUCACUAGGAAAGCGGACACGUGAUGAUUCGGAAGAUGGAAAGCCCAACUCAAAACGACGCAGGACGUCCUCAGAUUCUCUGCCGCCUUCAAAAGUUACCCCUUCACCUUCUCAGGUCAAUUCAGAAGAGGACUCGUCUAAGCCGACCGCGAACGGUAGCAACGUGGUCAAGAGGGCCAGAGGUGCAGCAGCCCGGAACCCACGCGAUAAAGAACAUCGUGACCGCCAGAAAGACCUUGCUGCACAAAGAGCUGAGGCAGCAAGCAAGCGAAAUGCGAGGUCUGAAAGAAGACGUGGAGAUGAAUCUCCACCACCAACACCUACUUUAUCACCCUCUAAAACUGCUGGACAAGUACCAAACGGACCGCAAAAAUCAAGUGCACCUGACACGCCUUCCCAUCGCGCCAAUCAACCCACCAACCACCGCAAAACCGGGCGUCCUCCAGCUCGACGUGGUCGUCUCGGACGCAAUCAAUAUACUCGUGAUCAGCCUCUCAACGGGGGUGGAGGCGGGGCUGAAACGCCUUUACGGGACACCUCUCGUGGUCCUACCAGACGCUCUUCACCGGUGACCGCUAUGAACGGCUUCUCGAAUGGAAUUAACGGCGAAAGUGGAAGGAGCUCGCGACCAAAGUACCAUCAUCCGAACCGAACAAGUAUGAACGAGAUGAAGAGGAGGGUGGCCGCUAUCCUCGAAUUCGUGAACAAGAUGAACGGUGAGAAAAGCAGCCAGAACAACAGUCAUGGUUCCUCAACAGGGCCUAGCGGGUCCAGAACGCCCAACGGCAUUACGCAAAGUAGCGGCAGUGGUGCACAUGGAAACGUGCAGCCUACGGCUUUAUUGAAAGGGGUGGAAGCAAGUUUGUCUGCUGCACAGGUUCUUGGCGAGAAGGCGGAAAGGGAGUUCAGGGACAUGGCAUCGGGCGAGAUGAUGCACGUCCUGACCCGUGAGCUUGUGGGCUGGCAGAGCAUGUAUGGGAAAUAUGGCGAAAAGUGA